CGAGCGCGUGUUUCCCUUCGGACGACAGUGUACGGCGCACACUUGCUCCGCCAAGCCAUAGAACCAAAAAGUCCCAUUUUAACGGCUGUUGGUGUAAAAAAAUUAAAAUAUAUAUUCGACUCCUCUUUAGUGCAAGCGGCUAAUGAGACGUCCAACACCCCAUCAGUGUUUAUCCCAGUGACAGCAGACAUUGUGCAAACAUCUUCUCAUCGAACAACAGGAGUGGCGCUUCAGGAUGGUGACGGAGGAGCCACAGUCCUUCCACAUUAAAGAGGAAGACGAGGCGCCGGAGACCCCUCACUUGAAAAAGGAAGAGGAGGAACACAGCAUCAGUCAGGAGGGAGAGCAUCCUGAAUGGUUGGAGGAGUUCCCAGUGACUGGUGUCCCUGUGAAGAGUGAAGAUGAUGAGGUCAAAGGUGAAAGUGAGGAGAGGAGAGAGGCGGAAACCGAUGGAGACCACUGUGGAGGAUCACAAGCAGACAAGCUCUUAGCUCCACUAUCAGAUAGUGAGGACACAACGUCACACUCUCCUGACACUGAUGAUGAAGACUCUAAAGAUGAUAAGACAUGUCACACUGACAACACACACUUCACGUGUUCUCUCUGUGACAAAACGUUUAAUGACCGUCGCAAUAUGAAAAGACACAUGAGAACACACACUGGAGAGAAGCCAUUCGUGUGCUCAGUUUGCAGUAAACGAUUCUCCCAGAAAGAAACUUUGGUAAGACACACAAGAACACACACUGGAGAAAAACCUUUUUCAUGUUCAGUCUGCGGUAAAGGUUUUAUAGGAAGCGGUGAUUUGAAAGUGCACAUGAGAAUGCACAGCGGAGAAAAACCUUUUACCUGCUCUGUAUGCGGUAAAGGUUUUAUACAGAGUCACUAUUUGAAAGUACACAUGCGAAUACACACUGGAGAAAAACCUUUUUCAUGUUCAGCGUGCGGUAGAGGUUUUAUACAAUGCGGUGAGUUAAAUGUACACAUGAGAACACACACGGGAGAGAAAACAUACAUGUGCCUAAUUUGUAGUAAAAGAUUCACCCAGAAGGCAAAUUUGAUCAUGCACACAAGAAUACACACCGGUGAAAAACCUUUUGUCUGUUCAGUCUGUGGUAAAGGUUUUAUACAAAAUGGGGAUUUAAAAAGACACGUGAGAUUACACACGGGGGAUAAAAUGUUGAGUUGCAGUGUGUGUGGUGAAAGAUUCUCCUAUAAGUACCAGUGUAAGAAACACAAGUGUGCUGGUGAGAACAGCAGCAGCAAAUGAAGAUGCAGGAUUUGAAAUAAUCCGUCAAAACUUUGUUAACUUUGACUUUCUAACAACUUCAGCACAUACUAAACCACAAACCAGUGAAGCUGUCACGUAGUGUAACAGUCUAUGCAGUCUAUUCAACUGAAUAGACUGCAAAGACAAUAUAUUUAAUGUUCCAACCGAGAAACUAUUUUUUUUCUUACAAAUUACAUUAGAUUAGAUAGAUUAGAUAGUACUUUAUUUAUUCCGUCAGGAGAGUUCCUUCAGGAAAAUUACAAUUUUCAGCACAAUCCCAUUCUAGAUCAGACAAACAUUAAAGGGAGACAGAACAGGAUCGCUGACGGGUCUGCCGGCUUCCGAGAUACAGGUAAACAAGGGGGGGAGAAAAAAAAUAGAAGAUUAAAAUAAAAUAAAAAAAAUGGUCUUAGCCUGGGCCCUGGAGAGGGGGUGCAGACUGAGGCCAAGGGAAAAAACAACAACUCAUAGCAUAAUCAUACACUUAGAAUUUAAUAGCAGCAACACAUUGCAAAAAAUGUUUUUACCACCAUGUUACAUGGCCUUUCCUUUUAAAACCACUCAGUAAACGUUUGGGAACUGAGGAGACCAAUUUUUGAAGCUUUUCAGGUGGAAUACUUUCCCAUUCUUGCUUGAUGUACAGCUUAAGUUGUGGUAUUUUAGGCUUUGUAUUGCGCCACACAUUUUCAAUGGGAGAAGUGAAUUAUAUUUAUAUAGCGCUUUUCUCUUAGUGACUCAAAGCGCUUUACAUAGUGAAACCCAAUAUCUAAGUUACAUUUAAACCAGUGUGGGUGGCACUGGGAGCAGGUGGGUAAAGUGUCUUGCCCAAGGACACAACGGCUGUGACUAGGAUGGCGGAAGCGGGAAUCGAACUUGCAACCCUCAAGUUGCUGGCACGGCCACUCUACCAACCGAGCUAUAACACCCCAGGUCUGGACUACAGGCAGGCCAGUCUAGUACCUGCACUCUUAACUAUGAAGCCACGCUGUUGUAACACGUGGCUUGGCAUUGUCUUGCUGAAAUAAGCAGGGGCGUCCAUGAUAACGUUUCUUGGAUGGGAACGUAUGUUGCUCCAAAACUUGUAUAUAUCUCUCAUCAUUAUUGGUGCCUUCACACAUGUGUAAGUUUACCCAUGCCUUGGGCACUAAUACACCCUCCAUACCUUUUGAAAUUUGCGGCUAUAACAGUCCAGAUGGUUCUUUUCUCCUCUCUGGGACGGGGGGGG